UCUGAUGUGAUCAUUAACCUCUCUGGAAAACGCAGCUGGCAGUUCUUGGAGUUUGUCAUUAGGAUGUGAGGACAGCCACACCGAUACUGCACAAGCUAUUUACAGAUUUUUUGGUUUACUUUGAGAGCUAUUGCUCCACUCGUGUGUGGCACAAAAAUGAGAUUUCAGCAAAUUUUUUGUGUAUUUUUAAUUUUCAUGAUGAGUCUCCUCCUUAUCCACGGACAGAGACCAGCUAAUUUGGCCCUGAGAAGAAAGCUACACAGACACAACUGCUUUCAGCGGAGAUGCCUGCCACUCCAUUCCCGGGUGCCCUUCCCCUGAGAGAACCUGGAGCUGGUGGCCUUGGGCCUGCAGGAGGGAAGGAAGGGGUGGUUCACUUCACUCACUGCAAGGACUUCACUGUGACAUCUACAUGACUCCUCAGACAUUACUGUCCAGAAAGCAUCCAGGGUGGGUUUUUUAAGAAGGAAAAUUAUGUAAGUUGAAAAGUGAAGUCUGAACCACCAUUAUUUGCCUUCAUAACAAAAAUCUCUCUUUUUCUGCACAUUAUUAUUCUUACACAAAUUAAAAAGGAAAAUAUUUUGUAAUGUUUUCAAACUCUGUAAUGGUAAAAAGUAUAAGAAUUUAAAGGGGUUUUUUCCCUACUCCUAUAAUUUUCCAAAAGUAUGCUUUAAAAUAUUUAAUCUAAAAUCAAAUGCACCGGGGCUGUAGCUCAGCAGCACAGUGCCUGCCUGGCAAGCGCGAGGUCCUGAGUUUGAUCCCUGUACCAAAAAAAUAAAAUAAAAUAAAAUCAGAUACAUUGACUGGAUUUACAGACUAGGGAGAAAAUAAUCAAUUCAUUAAUUAUUUAUACUGGAAAAAGUUAUUCUUGUCAUUUUAUAUGGUAAGCUUUAGUGUUUAUAAAAGUAUGAUAUUGUAUUUUAUAAAGGUGUAAAAGAAAGUAUAAAAUACUAGUUGUAGUUCAUUUUAUUCUAAAAUGGAAAUGCUCAUUUCUGAGUCUUUUUCUCAUCUUGUGAUUAUAACAAGCCUAUGUUUGAUUUCCUCUGAAGUUCUGUUUAUGCCCUUGAUUAUUUUGUACAGGUAAAAAGACUUGCUUAAAGGUAACAUGUAAAAUGCAGUCACAUCCAAGGAUGUAGCUCAGCAGCACAGCACCUGCCUGGCAAUCUCGAGCUCCUGAGUUUGAUCCCCAUACCAAAAUAAAAUAAAAUAAAAUAAAAUGCAGUCACAGCCAGGCAUGGGAGGCUGAGGCAGGAAGAUUGCCAUGAGUUUGAAGCCAGCCUGGGCCACAUAGUAAGUUCAAGGCCAGCCUGAUCUACAUACCAAGACCCUGUUUCAAAAAAACAAAAUAAAUAAAAUAAAAUGCAGUCACAUCAAUGAAGUCCUAAUGGCAGCAUCUAUAGCUCAUAGAUGAGUUUUCAUCACUCUGAUAAGCUCUGUAUCAGUGGUUUUCAACCUGCAUUGGUGAAAUAUGCAAAGAAAUUAGAAUGAAUUUAGGGGUAUUAUUUCCAAAAAAUACGUGUCUCCUGUCUAUAUCUGAACUGCACCAAUAACUAGGUAUUCCCGGGCCCGGGAUUUAGCUCAGCGGUUUCGCCGCCUGCUGCGCAAGUGCAAAGACCCAAGUUCGAUCCCCAAUACCAAAAAAAUAAAUA